AUGCAGACUGCUUCUACAAAUAUUUCUGAGAGAAUGGGUCGCUCUCAAGAGUUCAGUGAAUUCAAGCGUGGUACUGUGAUAGGUUGCCACCUGUGCAAUAAGUCCACCCUUGACAUUUCCUUGCUACUAAAUAUUCCACAGUCAACUGUUAGUGGUAUUAUAACAAAGUGGAAGCAACUGGGAACAACAGCAACUCAGCCACGAAGUGCAGGGUCAGCGCAUGCUGAAGCGCAGUUUGCAAUAGUCACCAACUGUCUGCAGAGUCAAUAGCUAAAGCCCUCAAAACUUCAUGUGGCCUUCAGAUUAGCACAAUAACAAUUUGUAGAGAGCUUCAUGGAAUGGGUUUCCAUGG